CUGACGUCACGUCCGGCUACGUCCGGGGCACUGUCGCCGCCAAAAAGAAACGUCCGCAGAUCAAAAUGAUGCUGUCAGAGAAGGAGGCGAAAAGUAUCCGCAAGUUUGUGUGCGGUGAACUCCGCGAUGAGCCAGACCUCAGCACUCUGACCUUACGAAUUUUAAAAAAGCGAUAUCUGGCACGGGUGCAAUGUGAUUCAUUAAGUCCAGAGGCCAAACAUUACAUGAAACAGGUGAUUGGAGAGGAACUGGUGAAAAGCAGUAGGAUGCAGGACAGUGACAAAAGUGGAAGUGAGGUGGAGACCAAGAAGCCCCAAAACAAAAGGAAGAGGGAAAGGGACAAUGACGAGGUGACAAGUGGGGAAGAAGAUGAAUCCACAGCUAAGAAAUCACGUUGUCAGUCAGGCUCCUCAUCAGAAUCGGAGGAUAAAGAGGACUGCAAAACAGGAAGUGAGGAGAGUGAAGAAGACGAGAAAAUUAAAUCUGAGGAUGAAGAGCAAGAGGUGGAAAAAUCACAGCCAAAGAAAAAUGGAGGCCGUAAACCACAGACAAACAGUGAAAACUCUACAGAUGAGGAAAAAAGUGAAUCAGAAAAAUCAGAGAGUGACUGUGGUGACAGUCCAAAAAAAGUGUCGAAAAAGAAAGCAAGUACUACAAAGAAUGAAGAGACAGGAAAGAAAACACCACAGAGUGAUGAAGAGAAUGACACUGACACAGAUAACAAGUCAGAAAAGGGCGACAAAAUCACUGCCAAUGGCUCCUCAGACAACAGUGAAAAAGCAGAAGAUAAAGUCUCAGUAGAAAAGAAAAAUAGCGGCUCCGACUCAGAUUCAUCAUCACUUCCCUCCCUGGACGAUGAAAAAGAUAGUGAGACAGAAAAGACAGAAAAGACACGAGAUGAUGAAAAGAAGAAGAAGAAAACUGUGAAAAAAGAGGAGAGUGCCAAAGAUCAAAAGAACGACGACAAAGCAGUCACGAGGCUCAAACGCUACAUCAGUCUCUGUGGAGUCCGGCGGAAUUACAAGAAGCUCCUUGAAGGCUGUCGCUCUGUUCGCUCCCAGGUGGCUGCUCUGAAGAAGGAGCUUGAAGAUCUCGGUGUCCAUGGCCAGCCAUCUAUUGAGAAAUGCAAAAAAGUCAGAAAGAAGAGAGAGGAAGCUCAGGAAAUCGCUGAGCUUGAUGUCAGCAACAUCAUUGCAACACAAGGUCGACCUAAGCGCAGAGCAUCAGCAUGGCAAGAGCAACAUGACCCUCCCCCUCCUUCCUCUCCAUAUCUGCGCACUCUGGACUCCGGCUCUGAUAGUGAUGCAGACGCACAGAGAGGGCGCAGAAGAGCAACAGACUGGUCCAACCUGCAGGGAAUAAUCAGCGACGAUGCAGAUAGUGACUGACCUCUUGGCCACUUAGAUAUAGACAUUAUUCUUUGUAUAUGUUGUGCUAUGGUCUUUACUAAUUACCUUGAUAGCAAGGGUUUUGAUAUUAAAUCUUUCUAAAACAUGUUUGAUACAUAAGGUUCAGUGUGAUGAUAAAUUAUUUCAUGUACAUGUUAUUUUUCCAAAUAAAAGUAUUUUGCUCUCA